AGAUAUCGAAGCAUUAUAUGACCCGAAGUUGGUUGGUUAGCACAUGUGUGAGGUUGAAAUAAAUAUUACAAAUUAUUAUUGAAAAGGAUUCGUACAAUAAUUGUUAAGUCAUGUCAAAUUUACUAGAUAGUCCUCUUGACAGUACUUCUCUUGACGAUGAUGUCAAACCAAAAAAUACUGAUACUGAAUUACAGGAAUUUUUAACCAUUCAAGAAGAGACGGCACGAUUUAAUGCUCAGAUUCAUGAGUUUAAUGAGUUAUGUUGGGAUAAAUGCGUUGAUAAACCAGGAAAUAAAUUGGACAGUCGGACAGAAACAUGUUUAAAUAAUUGUGUCGACAGAUUUAUUGAUGUUUCAUUACUUAUUACCUCCCGGUUUGCCCAGUUGUUACAGAAAUCUGGUGGAAUAUAGAAUGUAUUUUAUUUGGUGUAUAUUUAUACACAUUCAUAUAUACAAUUUAAUAAUGAAAUUAUUUAAUGUAUAUUGUGUGAAUUGAUGAAAGUAAAAUAGAAUAUAUAUAAAAUUUAUUAACAUUGAUUCAUAAAGUCGUGUAAUAUUAUCCUAUAAAUUUACGUAUUUAUUUUAACACAAUAUGACAUGAAUUAGCAUUCAGCAUAAAAAUGUAAUAUGUUUUUAAAGUUAAAAGAAUAGAAUUUAAAUAUGA